UCUGUGCAGCGCUUAUGUGCAGUAUGUUAGACCCUGAGGGCAGUGUGGAGCAGCAGAAAGUUAAUUCUUCCUUUUCCAAAGUGUUUCUCAUCCCUUUAGUCAUGCUGAUCGCAGUAGGAGCAUUGCUCUUGUUAGCAUUUUCUGCCUCCGUGCAGAAAGAGGACGAUUUUUACUCCUUUAAAGUGGUGAAUAUCAGGGGCAAGCUAGUCUCUCUGGAGAAGUACAGAGGCUCGGUAUCAUUAGUUGUCAAUGUUGCAAGUGAAUGUGGAUACACUGACAGCCACUACAAAGCUCUGCAACAGCUCCAGAGAGAAUACGGCCCAUAUCAUUUUAAUGUACUAGCAUUCCCCUGUAAUCAGUUUGGGCAGCAAGAACCAGAUAAUAAUAAAGAAAUUGAGAGUUUUGCUCGCAAAACAUAUGGAGUCUCCUUCCCCAUGUUCAGCAAGAUAGCAGUCAAAGGCUCUGGGGCAAAUCCAGCCUUCAAAUAUUUAACUGAAUCGACUGGAGAGGAGCCAACCUGGAACUUCUGGAAAUACCUUGUAAAUCCCAAUGGGAAAGUGGUAAAGGCCUGGGACUCUACUGUCACUCUUGAAGAAAUAAAACCUCACGUAACUGAGCUUGUGAGGAAUAUCAUCCUGAAGAAAAAAGAUGAACUGUGAUUUUCAAAACACUGUGUUUAUACCUCUAAUUUCACAUGGGCCAUGAUUUCAGCAAUUACAUUCCUAAAAGAAAAUAUAGCCAACAGACAUAAUAUCUGUCAACAGAUGUUAGCCCCCAUUCCCUGAGCACAAGUUUCGUUUUUGUUUUGUCUUAUAUUUGAUCCAUAUUACUGAGCAGACCAAAAGGAAAUGUUUUCCUGUUAGGAAAAACAAAACCAGUUGUGGGGAUAUAUUUAUUUCCCAUUUCAAGUCAUUGACUAAUUGGCAGGAAGAGCCAAUUAGGAUCUCUCUAGGCAGAUAGCCCUAGGCCAGACAGAACUUCUGAGAGGAAUCUUAUAGGAGCUACCCUCCAACUGUCACAAUUUUUGUUCAUGAAUUUCAUUUGCAGGAUACAUCCCAGAAUGAGUAAACUAAAGCCUAGCCCGUGUAUGGUUAUAAGGAGCAGUCGUUAAGCUGGGGAAGCAUAGAGUGCUUCUGUCCUAGUAUUGACACUGCUCACUCAUUUACUUCUGAAAAUCUAAACAACGUUCAUCCCAAACCACUGCAUUUCUAUGUUUUCCCCACUGUUGUCCUAUUUUUUCCCCAAAGGCUGUAAAACAAACAAACAGAUUUCCACUGAAAUCCCAGUAUUGUCUUUUUAGGUAUUAACUGACUUGUAACAGUAUAGUUUAGCUGGAGGGGAGGAAUGGCUGGUGACAUUGUGUAAUCCUAUCUCUUGGCUCCCCUCCACCCCCAGUGACACCCCCAUCCAUCUCCAUCACCGUUAUCUUUUUUUAAAAAGCACUGUGAAAGUUUACAUCAGCAGCAGUCUGGAGAAGCCUGGUAAAACUCAAAAGCUUCUAGGCAAAAGACUGGGCAACUGUCUGCAUCAGCCUUGAAGUACAUACUAAUUUUUUAAACUAUGGAUGAAAAUGACAAGCUUUCUCCCUACUUCUGCAGUGAGUCCAGAGAAGCCCAGUGAAGGCUUCCCUGGACCCACCAGGGGACGCUGGGCUCAGGUCUGACUGUGGCUGAAUCUUCCAUUCCAGUGAACUAUUUUUCCCCUUUUGAAGGGACUAGAUAACGUGCAAUUAAUCACUCAACAAGGCUUGCACUAAUAUGGCAUUGUGUUUAAAAAAAAAUCUUGUUGUUUGGAAGCACCCGUACAUGAGUGUAGCUAUAACUGAGCGGAUGGGUUCAAAGAACCCAGGCCCCCCAGUUCUUGAGAGGCCCCCAGCUCUACCCCUCCCUAUUUUCUUCAUUAUCUCCUUUAUGCAGAGGCAUGAACAUGGGCCCCUCUCCCCUAGCUACACCCCUGACCUAUAGUGUUCUUCUGGUGUAAGCACAUUGUUGUAAUUAAGUAACUCAGAAUGGGAACUGUCUUCUUAUAAGUGCUAUUGAAGGGAGUGGGGAAUUUUCCUUAACCUCAUUGAAAUAAAAAGGGAUUCUUAUAUAAAGUC